ACGCCUGUGUCCAAAACGGAAACGAGUGACCACGACUGGGCCCUCCAUUGCUUAGCUGACGCUGUUAUCCGGCCAUUAUCAAUCAGUCCACCCCCCGCCAUCCCACCGGCCGGAUCAUCGGCGGCGGCGAUAGGCGUCCGUGAUGGUGGUGGUGAUGGAGAAGGAGGAGAUGGAGAUGGAGCGCAGGGCGUACGCGCGCGUGGGCCUCCUCGGCAACCCGAGCGACGUGUACGGCGGCCGCGCCGUCUCCUUCGCCGUCGCGGGGCUCUGGGCCACCGUCCGCCUCCGCGCCUCCGACGACCUCCUCGUCCAGCCCCACCCGCGCCACGACCUCGUCGCCUUCCCCUCCCUCCACGCCCUCGUGGAGCGCCUGGACGGCGGCGGCUACUACGGCGGCGUGCGGCUGCUGCUGGCGAUCUGCAGGGUCUUCCACGACCACUGCAAGCACAGCGGGAUCGCCCUGGAGGACAAGAACUUCGCCCUCUCGUACGACACCAACAUUCCCCGCCAGGCCGGGCUCUCCGGCUCCAGCGCCAUCGUCUGCGCCGCGCUCAGCUGCCUCCUGGAUUUCUACGGCGUCAGGGACAGGAUCGGGGUCGAGGUCCGGCCCAGCCUCAUCCUCAACGCCGAGAAGGAGCUCGGCAUCGUCGCCGGGCUCCAGGACCGCGUCGCGCAGGUCUACGGCGGCCUUGUCUACAUGGAUUUUAGCCAGGAGCAUAUGGAUAAGCUGGGUCAUGGAGUGUACACGCCGCUGGACGUUGAUCUGCUCCCCCCUCUGUAUCUCAUCUACGCCGAGAACCCGAGUGACUCGGGCAAGGUCCACAGCAGCGUCAGGCAAAGGUGGCUCGACGGCGACGAGUUCGUAAUAUCAUCCAUGAAAGAAGUCGCGCAUCUCGCGUAUGAUGGCCACAAUGCGUUGUUGCAGAAGAAUUAUGCCGAGCUCGCGAGGCUUAUGAACAGGAACUUUGAUCUGCGGAGGAAAAUGUUUGGAGACGACGCGCUCGGUGAGUUGAACAUAAAGAUGGUUGAGGUAGCGAGGAGCGUCGGCGCCGCGUCGAAGUUCACGGGCAGUGGGGGCGCGGUGGUGGCCCUCUGCCCAGACGGUGAUGCGCAGGUGGAGCUCCUGAAGACGGCGUGCCAGGAGGCUGGUUUCGUGGUGGAGCAGAUUGAAGUCGCCCCGUCGGCACUGACAAAGGAGGAGCUGGCAAGCUUAUCAAAUUAUCUCAACCCAGGACAUGACCAGUUUGUGUACCGACAUCCAAACGGGUUGUGCGUGGUUGGUUUAGCUCCAGCCCAUGUUGCACUGAAAGAGGAAGGGGGGAUAACUGCUAUUGACUUCAAUGUUGGGAAGACAGAUCGCAGUGAGAUAAAAGUCACAGGGAAACGCAAAAGGAAUGCACAACAUUUGCAAGAAAAUUCAGCAUUAUGUAAAGUCUGCACAAAGGAUAAAACUUUUGUGGUGAGGUGUUGCGUGAAAGGGCAGCUUUUGGAGAUUAAUGAUAGAUUGAUGAAACAACCCGAUCUGCUUAAUACCUCUGCCGACAGAGAAGGAUACAUAGCAAUCUUCAUGCAGAAACCAGCUGACUGGCUCAAAGUGAAGGAUAAAUUUCUUAGCUUUGAGGAGUACAAGAACUUGAGAGGAAUCUGCUGACACCAAAAGAAGGAAUUCAUGCUGGCCAAUUGUGUAUUCAUCGUUCAAUUCAGAGCCGGAGCUCAGGUCUCUUGGCCUGAUCCUCGCACACAGAUGCCAUUCUUUUUUUAGAAUCGGAGAGCCAGCUCGAGAUAACUGCAUCUUUACCAGCAUGAUAUUGAAGCUGAGCCUGUUGGCUUUUCUGACAAUUUAGUGGACGCAUUAUUCUGAUAGUUUCAAACUUAAUAGUCUACCGAACUGCAGAACAAGCUUUGGAAUUGAAAUCAUUUGAAGUUCAUAGAGAGCUUAUGUGCUUGACUCCGUGACUGUAUAGCUUGAUGGUCUCCCCACACAAUGCUUGCGAAAUGAAUGUGUUAGUUUGAUACAAACAUUGUAUGAGGUUCGCUUAAUUUCUUCUGUCGGGAGUUCGGAGGCAGAACAGUUCAUUCA